AUGGCAGUGCUCAGGCAGCUGGCACUGCUGCUCUGGAAGAACUAUACUCUACAGAAGCGGAAGGUACUGGUGACCCUCUUGGAGCUCUUUCUGCCCCUGCUGUUCUCUGGGAUCCUGAUCUGGCUCCGCCUGAAGAUCCAGUCAGAGAACGUGCCCAAUGCCACCCUCUACCCCAGCCAGUCCAUCCGAGAGCUGCCCCUCUUCUUCAGCUUCCCUCCCCCGGGGGCCACCUGGGAGCUGGCCUACAUCCCAUCCCAAAGUGAGGCCGUGCGCACAGUGGUGGAGAACGUGCAGAGGGCGCUGGUGAUCAACCUGCGAGCUCGUGGCUUCGCCUCUGAGAAGGACUUCGAGGACUACAUCAGAUACGACAACCGCUCUGCCGACGUGCUGGCCGCCCUGGUGUUCGAGCACACCUUCAACCACAGCCGGGACCCCCUGCCGCUGGCGGUGAGAUACCACUUACGCUUCAGUUACACGCGAAGAAACUACAUGUGGACUCAGACAGGCUCCUUUUUCCUGAAAGAGACAGAGGGAUGGCAUACCACUUCCCUUUUUCCACUCUUCCCAAACCCAGGACCCAGGGAGCCCACGUCCCCUGACGGCGGAGAACCUGGUUACAUCCGCGAGGGCUUCCUGGCCGUGCAGCAUGCAGUGGACAGGGCCAUCAUGCACUACCAUGCCAAUGCCUCCACGCACCAGCUGUUCGAGAAGCUCACUGUGAUCGCCAAGCGGUUCCCUUACCCGCCUUUCAUCUCCGACCCCUUCCUGGUCGCCAUCCAGUACCAGCUUCCACUGCUGCUCAUGCUGAGCUUCACCUACACCUCCCUCAGCAUCAUCCGGGCCAUCGUGCAGGAGAAGGAGAAGAAGCUGAAGGAGUACAUGCGUAUGAUGGGGCUCAGCAGCUGGCUGCUCUGGACCGCGUGGUUCCUCCUCUUCUUCUUCCUCCUCCUCAUCGCCGUCUCCUUCAUGACUCUGCUCUUCUGCGUCAAGGUGAAGAAGGACGUGGCGGUGCUCGCGCACAGCGACCCCACACUGGUGCUGGUCUUCCUGGCCUGCUUUGCCGUCUCCUCCAUCUCCUUCAGCUUCAUGGUCAGCACUUUCUUCAGCAAAGCCAACAUGGCAGCAGCCAUCGGCGGUUUCCUCUACUUCUUCUCCUACAUCCCCUACUUCUUCGUUGCUCCUCACUACAACUGGAUGACGCUGAGCCAGAAGCUCUUCUCCUGCCUCCUGUCCAACGUCGCCAUGGCGAUGGGAGCCCAGCUCAUAGGGAAAUUUGAAGCCAAAGGCACAGGCAUCCAGUGGCGAGACCUCCUGAGUCCCGUCAACGUGGAUGACGACUUCACCUUCGGGCAGGUGCUGGGCAUGCUGUUGCUGGACUCUGUCCUCUACGGGCUGGCCACCUGGUACGUGGAGGCUGUGCUCCCGGGCCAGUUUGGCGUGCCCCAGCCCUGGUACUUCUUCAUCCUGCCUUCGUACUGGUGCGGACGCCCGAGGACGGCGCUCGGGAAGGAGGAGGAGGACGACGACCCUGAGAAGGUGCUCAGGACUGAGUACUUUGAAGCUGAGCCCGAGGACCUGGUGGCCGGGAUCAAGAUCAAGCACGUGACCAAGGUGUUUAGAGUGGGGAACAAGGGCAAGGCGGCCGUCAGAGACCUGAACCUGAACCUGUACGAAGGCCAGAUCACUGUCCUGCUGGGCCACAACGGCGCGGGGAAGACCACCACGCUCUCCAUGCUCACAGGUCUCUUCCCCCCGACCAGCGGACGAGCGUACAUCAGCGGGUACGAAGUCUCGCAGGACAUGGAUCAGAUACGGAAGAGCCUGGGCCUGUGCCCACAGCAUGACGUCUUGUUUGACAACCUGACCGUCGCCGAGCACCUGUACUUCUAUGCUCAGCUGAAAGGCUUGCCACGUCAGAAGUGCCCUGAGGAGGUCAAACGCAUGCUGCACGUGCUCGGGCUGGAGGAGAAGCGGGACUCCCGGAGCAAGUUUCUGAGUGGCGGGAUGCGGCGCAAGCUCUCCAUCGGCAUCGCCCUCAUCGCGGGCUCCAAGGUGCUGAUGCUGGACGAGCCCACCUCGGGCGUGGACGCCAUCUCCAGGAGGGCCAUCUGGGACCUUCUGCAGCAGCACAAGAGCGACCGCACCAUCCUGCUGACCACCCACUUCAUGGACGAGGCCGACCUGCUGGGGGACCGCAUCGCUAUCAUGGCCAAGGGGGAGCUGCAGUGCUGCGGGUCGUCGCUGUUCCUCAAGGAGAAAUACGGCGCAGGCUACCACAUGACACUGGUGAAGGAGCCUCACUGCAACCCCGAGGGCAUCUCCCGGCUGGUCCAGCACCACGUCCCCAACGCCACCCUGGAGAGCAGCGCCGGGGCAGAACUGUCGUUCAUUCUUCCUAAGGAGAACACGCACAGGUUUGAAAGUCUUUUUGCUAAACUGGAGAAGCAGCAGAAGGAGUUGGGCAUCGCCAGCUUCGGGGCCUCCGUCACCACCAUGGAGGAGGUCUUCCUGCGGGUUGGCAAGCUGGUGGACACCAGCAUGGACAUCCAGGCCAUCCAGCUCCCUGCCCUGCAGUACCAGCACGAGAGGCGGGCCAGCGACUGGGCUGUGGACGGCCACCUGUGUGGGACCAUGGACCCGACCGACGGUGUUGGCGCACUGAUUGAGGAGGAGUGCACCGCCGUCAAGCUCAACACCGGGCUGGCCCUCCACUGCCAGCAGUUCUGGGCCAUGUUCCUGAAGAAGGCCACCUACAGCUGGCGCGAGUGGAAGGUGGUGGCGGCCCAGGUCCUGGUGCCUGUGACGUGCCUCACCCUGGCCCUCCUGGCCAUCAACUACUCCUCCGAGAUCUUCGACGACCCCCUGCUGAAGCUGACCCUGGGCGAGUACGGCCACACCGUCGUGCCCUUCUCGGUCCCUGGGACCUCUCGGCUGGAUCAGCAGCUGUCGGAGCAUCUGAAAGACAUGCUGCAGGCCGAGGGCCAGGAGCCUCGAGAGGUGCUGGGUGACCUGGAGGAGUUCCUGAUUUUCAGGGCCUCAGUGGAGGGGGGCGGCUUCAACGAGCGGUGCCUGGUGGCAGCAUCCUUCAGAGACACGGGCGAGCACACGGUCGUCACUGCCCUGUUCAACAACCAGGCGUACCACUCCCCUGCCACCGCGCUGGCUGUCGUGGACAACCUCCUGUUCAAGCUGCUGUGUGGCCCCCGGGCCUCCAUCACGGUGUCCAACUUCCCCCAGCCCCGGAGCGCGCUGCAGGCUGCCAAGGACCAGUUCAAUGAGGGCCGGAAAGGCUUCGACAUCGCCCUCAACUUGCUGUUCGCCAUGGCAUUCCUGGCCAGCACGUUCUCCAUCCUAGCAGUCAGCGAGAGGGCCGUCCAAGCCAAGCACGUGCAGCUCGUGAGCGGCGUCCACGUGGCUACUUUCUGGCUCUCGGCUCUGCUGUGGGACCUCCUGUCCUUCCUCGUCCCCAGUCUGCUGCUGCUGGUAGUGUUCAAGGCCUUCGACGUGCAUGCCUUCACGCGGGACGGACACGUGGCCGACGUCUUGCUGCUGCUCACGCUCUACGGCUGGGCCAUCAUCCCCCUCAUGUACCUGAUGAGCUUCUUUUUCUCCGGGGCGGCCACUGCCUACACGCGGCUGACCAUAUUCAACAUCCUAUCGGGCAUCGCCACCUUCCUCGUUGUCACCAUCAUGCGCAUCCCAGCAGUCAAGUUAGAAGAACUUUCCAGAACCCUGGACCGUGUGUUCCUGGUGCUUCCCAACCACUGCUUAGGGAUGGCGGUGAGCAACUUCUACCAGAACUACGAGACCAGGCGGUACUGCACCUCCUCCGACGUGGCAGCCCACUACUGCCGGAAAUACAACAUCCAGUACCAGGAGAACUUCUACGCGUGGAGCACCCCGGGGGUCGGCAGGUUCGUGACCUCCAUGGCCGCUUCAGGGUUUGCCUACCUCACCCUGCUCUUCCUCGUGGAGGCCGACCUGCUAUGGAGGCUGAAGACCUGCCUGUGUGCCUUCCAGAGGAGGCGGGCGCUGGUGAAAGUGUACACCCGGACGGCGGCGCUCCCUGAAGACCAGGAUGUGAUGGACGAAAGGAACCGCGUCCUGUCCCCCAGCCCGGACUCCCUGCUGGUCACGCCUCUGAUCAUCAAGGAGCUCUCCAAGGUGUACGAGCACCGGGCUCCGCUCCUCGCUGUGGACAAGGUGUCCCUCGCGGUCCAGAAAGGGGAGUGCUUCGGUUUGCUAGGCUUCAACGGAGCCGGGAAAACCACGACUUUCAAAAUGCUGACCGGGGAGGAGACCAUCACCUGUGGGGACGCCUUUGUUGGGGGCUACAGCAUCAGCUCUGACAUCGGGAAGGUGCGGCAGCGAAUCGGCUACUGUCCCCAGUUCGAUGCCCUGCUGGACCACAUGACAGGCCGGGAGACACUGGUCAUGUUUGCCCGGCUCCGGGGCAUCCCCGAGCGCCACAUUGGCGCGUGUGUAGAGAACACGCUGCGGGGUCUGCUUCUGGAGCCGCACGCCAGCAAGCUGGUCAGGACGUACAGCGGUGGCAACAAGCGCAAGCUCAGCACUGGCAUUGCCCUGCUGGGGGAGCCCGCGGUCAUCUUCCUGGACGAGCCGUCCACUGGCAUGGACCCUGUGGCCCGGCGUCUGCUCUGGGACACCGUGGCACGGGCCCGAGAGUCCGGCAAGGCCAUCGUCAUCACCUCCCACAGCAUGGAGGAGUGUGAAGCCUUGUGCACCCGGCUGGCCAUCAUGGUGCAGGGUCAGUUCAAGUGCCUGGGCAGCCCACAGCACCUCAAGAGCAAGUUUGGCAGCGGCUACUCCCUACGGGCCAAGAUCCGGAGUGACGGGCAGCAGGAGACACUGGAGGAGUUCAAGGCGUUCGUGGGCCUGACCUUCCCAGGUAUCGUCCUGGAGGAUGAGCACCAAGGGAUGGUCCAUUACCACCUGCCUGGCGAUGACCUCAGCUGGGCGAAGGUGUUUGGCGUUCUGGAAAAGGCCAAGGAGAAGUACGGGGUGGACGACUACUCCGUGAGCCAGACCUCUCUGGAGCAGGUCUUCCUGAGCUUCGCCCACCUGCAGCCAUCCACCGAGGACGCGGGUCCGUGA